AAUUCAAUAUGUUUCAUUUCAUUUGAGUCAAUUUUGUCAAAUUGCAUAGUAUAGUGACAAAAUCAAUAAAAUAAAAUGUUUUAUUGUUUAGCGGAAGGACCUGAAAAAAGUGUUCUUCGGUCGUCAAAAUAUUGAAAUGCAGACGAAUUUGUAUUAUUUCGAAGAUAAUGCAUAAAAUAUGGAGACAUAUGGCAUAAAACUAGAAUGAGAUCCAAGAAGGACCACCGCAUAACAUUUUCGCAGAGUUUCAUAUGUGGAGCUUUUGCUGGAGUCUCCAGUCGUACAUUGACGGCUCCUCUUGAUGUUGUGAAAAUCCUCUCCCAAGUUGGAACUCUUACAACAAAGAGAGGCUUCUUGAGAACAUUCCCAAAUUUAUAUAAACAAGAAGGAUUGGGAGCUUUCUGGAAAGGGAACCUUGUUGGAUGCUUGCGUCUCCUCCCAUAUUCAGCGAUUCAGUUUGCAGCAUUUCAGAAAAUCAAACUGUUACUUGCAAAUGACCAAGGUCGCUUGUCGCCAUUUAGCGCUAUGAUUGCAGGUUCAAGUGCAGGCAUUAUUGCAACUGUAGCCAUUUAUCCAACAGAUAUGGUGAAAACAAGGCUUAUUGUUCAGACCAUGAACAGAAAUGUUGCACCAUAUCAAGGAAUUAUUGACGCCUUUCGAGUCAUUUAUGCGAGAGAGGGUAUCGCUGCAUUUUACAAGGGGAUGUCUACAUCCAUUUUAGGAGUUGUGCCAUUUGCUGGGGCAACAUUUGUAACAUAUGAGCUCCUGGACAGAUUGUGGCAUGUAUCGAGAAGUCAACUAUCCCCACUCCAGCAUUUCAUCAAUGGUAGUGUAGCAUCUGCAGUAGCACUGACAGCUUCAUUCCCAUUCGAUACCAUUAGGAAAAAGUUACAAGCUCAUAGUACAGUGUUACCUGACAGAGGUGGUGUGAAUGUGGAGUUUGAUGGCAUGGUAGAUGCAUUUCGGCAGACUGUACGACGGAAUGGUAUAUUUGGCUUAUGGUCUGGCUGGAUCCCUGCUGUUAUCAAGAUUGUACCCUAUGGAGGCCUGAUGUUUGUGACAUUUGAAGCUAGUAAGAGGUAUUGCCUUUACUAUAAUGGCUACACGGAAUCACCCCUCACAUUACAUCUCAAGUCUGGCGUAGAUCAGAGCCUCACUCCCGGAAAACUGAAGUAUACAAUGGAAAUGCAAGAGAAAUACCCUGAAGAUCUUGCAAAAGGGAAAUAACUGAUGACAAUCUGAUCUGAUCCCCAUCGGCUAGGUAUACAUAUAUUUCCACAGUCAAUCACUUGCGAAGAGUUGGAUAGAAUGGAAUGAUUCACAUUCAUAUAAUGGUGGAACUUAUAGAUAACUAAAUUCAUGCUGAUUAAGACCUCUAUUAGUCAAUCUCUUGUGAAAGGUUCUCUGGAUAGAAUGGAAUGACUAUUUAGCAAUAAUCUGAAUUAAUGUGCCAUGCCUGCUGAAUGGAGCACUUCUCUGUAAGAAUGUGGAACAGUAAAAAACCAAGCCCCAUUUGUAUAAUAAGACCUGAAGGACCACUUGUUUACAAGUUAAAGUUUUGGUCUGUAUGUUGGCUGUUUUACAUUACUUACAAUGACAGGGUAACUACAUAUAGAAAAGAUAUAUGAUCAAACUAGCUGUUUAUUAACAAAUUAAAGUAAUUUUAA